UCUGGUGCAUCGUUCAAUGAAACGGUGCUGACACUGGUAGAAGUUGUAAAUAGUCAACUUUCCUACCAUAAAUCGACGUUGUUGUUGUUAUUCUUUAUGCUAAUAUAAUACAGUGCAUGGAAUAUUUAGCGUAAGCUUAUUAACGAUGUCUGGGUUGUUCGAGGGGAAUGCCUUACCAGGCAUACAAACUCAUAGCCACACUCAAAACAAUUACAGUCCUCAAGAGCUGGCUUUAGAAAUCAAGGCUUUCAUCAGCGGAGUCGACCAGACACAAGGACGUAAACUCAGCGUACGGGAUCAUGCUCGCUGUGCAAUACGCCUCCUUCGAACUGUCCCAGCCUGCCGCGAAGCCGUCUUGGAGCAUUUAAGGGGAGUGUAUGAUGAAUACGUUGCAUCCUUUCUACAGGACCUGGAGGCAGAGGGAGAAAAUGGUGGUAAUGGUGUGAGUGGAGGAAGCAGUGCCAGCAUAUCAAAUUUAGAGGAUGUUAUUAAAGAAGUCCACGCAGUCCUCUCUGAAUUUAUCAAGCUUAGUCCUAAAGCUUGGGCUCCCCUUGUGUCCAGCUGGGCCGUAGACCUUCUUGGUCAGCUUAGCAGCAAGCAUGCAGGACGCCGGGCCGCUCCUCACUCAUCCAGCCUGAAUGAGCUGCUGCAACUUUGGAUGUCAUGUGCAGCCACUCGCUCACUAAUGGAGUGCUACUCUCAGUGUCUAGCGGCCAUGUUGGCCUGGUGUCCCGAUGCAUGUGUGGAUGCUUUGUUGGACACCUCAGUCCAGCACUCUCCUCAUUUUGACUGGGUCGUCGCCCAUAUUGGUUCUGCUUUUCCUGGUACUAUCAUUAGCAGGGUUUUAGCUUGUGGUCUCAAAGACUUCUACGCACACGGAUAUUCCUCUGCUGAGAAGAUCAACCAACAGCAAGCAAUAGACAAGAGUAGUAGAGUCCCUAAAAUAGGCUCAGUGGUUGGUAUCCUUGGACACUUGGCCUCUAGACAUUCAGAUAGCAUCAAGAAAGAGCUUCUUAGGAUGUUUCAGGACAGUCUGUCUGUGCCUCCACAAAAUGUACCUCAGCAUACAUCUGGAGCGGGUGGAUGGGAGAAUUCCCCUCAUCUUCGUAGGGCAACUGUACCAUUCCUGCUUCAACUGGCUGCUCUUUCCCCAACUCUCCUUGGUGCCGUUUCUACAGAGCUUGUUGAGUUUCUCAGACCACCUGUCCUAAUUCAACUGCAAGCCCAAUUCCAGGCUUUGCCCCGGGAAGAGCUUGAGAAUAUGUUGGGUCUAGCUGUGCACCUCAUAAGCCAAAGCCCUUCAGGUGGAGCAAAAGUGCUGAAGUUCCUUGCAGACACAGCAACGCCCUCUUCAGUGAUCAUAUCAGGUCCUACGCCAUCUCCCCAUGAUGGUAUUCGAGAAGCCUGUGACCGAUUACUGCAAAUGCUUCUGCUGCAUCUUCACAAGCUGGUGCACAACCGACCAGACGGUGAUGAACCUUUUCCACAGUCGUCUUCUUCUCCGGCAAUGCCGCAAGUGAUCCCAUUUCUUGAAGAGCUCCAGGCUCACAUUGCUGAUCUGUGUGCUGAAACUCUUAGACUGGAGCGGAAGCGGCACCUCUGGUUGCACCAGCUCCUUUGUCUGCUUUCAGUGUAUGGCGGCCCAAGCAUAGCCACUGAAGCUUUAUGUCAGCUCUUCACUCAAGCCCGAAACCCAGAGGAGCUUGCGUUAGCCUCGCAAUUAUACACCCAACUUUCCACUUCACUUUGUGGGUUACUACCCUCAACAGUAGCCCGCUGUGUUGCUCAGAUCCACACACAAACUCUUGAAAUUAAAGAGUUAGCUCAGCUACUGAAUAACCUGGCUACUGCAGUACAGAGUCAAGAGGAGGAAGGAAAAAACGGAGGAGGUACAACAACUACAACAGGUAGUUUAGCACAGUCUUCAAUGGCUUCGGAAGUCAGAGUUGCCGUUUCCAGCCACCUUCAGGAUUUCUGUCCACUACUUCUGCAUGGGGAUUCACUGGUAUCCAAAGCAGCUGUCAGACUUCUCUCAUGUAGCCAGCUUCCCCGAGCAUGCUCUCCAGCUCAUCUGUUGCGCAUAUGUAGAGCUGCGGUGUCGCACUUCUUUGUGUGUUUACGGGAACAAGGGAAGAGUCCUAAUUCAGGUCAAGAGGAAGUAGGCUACUCCAGGCGACUCUUAUCACGUCUUGCGGCUUAUUCUCCUUUGUCGCAAAAAGCUGUGCUUCAACAACUGGUGGAGGGAGCUCUACACAAAGGCAACCAAGAUUUAUUUGGAGGUCUGCAAGAAAAUCCGAGUGAUGAUGCCACACAGUCCCAAAACCUUGUCCCAGACUUGGGCAUCUCCCUAUUGGAUGUCAACCGCAAAUUUGGCACGUCAGUUAACUUCUCUGGUAAUGUGUGGUCUGUUUUCCAUGCUGGAAUAAUCGGAAAGGGUUUAAAGCCUCCAUACACUCCCUUUCAUCCUGACCCAGAUCGAGUCAGUCAGAAUAUACAGACCUUGCUUGCGGUCAUGGUUCAGUGCUGCAGCUCAAGUGGAGGAAACCCUACUGGUUCUGCUGGGAGUACUGGUAGUGAACCUAAUGUUUCAGAUAAACUCCCACCAAUCAAUGCUGAAGCUGCAAAGGUAAUUGCCGUAACUCUUGUGGAGAAUAUAUGCACAGAUGUGGCAAAUGGAGAACUUUCCUGGCCUCCAGAGGAACAUGCAAAAACCACAGUUGAGCGAGAUAUACACAUUCGCCGUUGCUUUGAAAAAACCCCAGUGUUAUUUCACCUUCUCCAUGUGGUCGCAGCCGGACGUCCAGCUCUAUGCUAUUGCUCUGUUAUUUUAAGGGGUCUACUGUCCACCUUACUGGCUCACUGGGAGUCCUCAAGGGAGCCGUCAGUGUCUGACUCCCCCUGGCACCUUCAGACCUCCUGCUGGCUUGUAUCAUGUAUGGGCGAAGGUCAGCUACUUCCUCCAGUCUUGAGUAACAUCAAUGAGGUCUUCCCUCACCUCUCGCCCUUUGAAGUUCGGCUGCUGCUGCUGGGCGUAUGGGAGUAUAUGCGAGGGAACAGCCCGAUGCCACAGAAGUUCACCUUCUGUGCUGACCAGGGACUUUUCUUUCGGGACUUUUCACGUGAUGGAGAUGUUGCUCGCUAUAUUGCGCCCAUCCACAGUGUUCUGCAUAAAAACAUUGACCGAUUGGGACACUUGUGCUGGAGGUUUCAAGUUUGAUGAAAAAUUAAUUGAAGAUUUGUUACAAACAUGAUUUUUUUCAGGGUCACAGACUUUUUUGGAUUUAGAUAUUUUUCUACGUUGUUGUGUGUUGUAAACUUGAGAUCUGAAGUUGACAUUUCUACAUUUAAAACUGUAACAAACCUACUUUAGAUGUAGCGUUUUUCUUGUUUGCUAACCAUCAAAUCUUUUUUGUAUACAACCAUCUAGCAUUUGUAGAUUGUUUGUUUUAUUAAAGAGAUAGUUCACCCAAAAAUCAAUAUACUGUCAUAAUUUAUGAACCCUUUACUUUAGGGGGGUCCAAACUUGGUCCUGGAGGGUCGGUGUCCUGCAUAGUUUAGCUCCAACUUUCUCCACUUACCUACCUGGAUGUCUAGUAUACCUAUAAAGAGCUUAAUUAGCUGGUUCAGGUGUGUUUAUUUGGGGUUGGAACUAAAAUAUGCAGCACACUGGCGCUCCAGGACCGAGUUUGGACACCCCUGCUCUACUUGUUUCAGGUCAUUUUGAGUUUCUUUCUUCUGUUAAAAAGGAAGUAAUAUAAAUUUAAAAAUGUUGGAAACCUGUAACUAUUGGCUUGCAUAGUAUUUGUUUUCCUAGUACGGAUUUCAGUAUGUACAGGUUUUCAGCUUUCUUCAAAAUAUCUUAUUUUUUGUUCAGGGUGAACUAUAAUUUUAAGCUAGUUAAAACGUUCUAUUACAGCAGUGUAAGAUACUCCAAAAAUAUUUUUGCAAUUCUGCAUUUUGUGUGUGUUGUGUGGAAAACA